AUGUGUAGAACCACUGUGUUCGAGCUUAUUCACCACAAUGGCAUAAAGAAGGAUGGGCUGAGUGAACGCUACAGAAGGAAAGAAGAAAAAGACUUGGAUGACACUAUCAUGGAGUCAGGCCUCAGCAGCACCAAGGAAUUUAUCUCACCUUUGGAUUACUCAAAAAGUGUUAAGAGAAACCAAUGGAUUGCAGGUCUUUCU